CAGGCAGAAACUCAGUCCAACUCACAAACCCUUCAAAAACCCUCUCCCCUGUUCCUCGCCUUCCCGCUGUCCCUCUUCCUUGCCACCCGAGCCGUCAAGCUUACUUCAGAAGCGCCGCCGAGCAACGGUAAACCAGGAGGACUUCUGACAACCGGCCGCCGCGCACUGCGCGACAUAAUUCUGCUCCCUAGUAAUGGCACCGCAUUCCAAAAAACCUAAACCUACCAAUUUGAAAAAGCUUCCAAGGCCACCCCACAAGCUUGCUAUAUCCAAGGGAAGUAAAUCCCACGCCGCUCAGUUGCCUCUUCAGGUUGAAGACGACGUCCCCGACUUUCCCCGAGGCGGCGAAAGCUCAACAAGUAGAGAAGAGAGAAAUGAGGGCAAUGCAAUAGUACGCAAUGAGUUCAACAAAGACAAGCUCUCGCUAAAGAAAAUGAAGAAGGAAAAGAGAGUUCAUAAUAGAGACAAAUCUGCAAAGGAUGAUUUAGGUUCACUCUUUGGAGAUGGAAUUGUGGGAAAACAUCCAAAGUUUGCCAAUAAGAUCACUCUCAAGAAUGUAUCUCCAGGAAUGAAGCUAUGGGGUGUGAUUGAUGAAGUUAAUGAAAAAGAUAUAGUAGUUAACCUUCCUGGAGGCUUGCGGGGACUGGUUCGUGCUUGUGAUGCCUUUGAUCCUAUAUUGGAUGAUGAAGUGAAAGGGGAUAUGGUUAGCUUCCUCCUUUCAAGACUAUAUCAUGAAGGCCAACUUGUGUCUUGCAUUGUUAUGCAAGUAGAGGAUGAUGGAAAAGAAAAAGGAAAACGGAAGAUUUGGCUUUCUCUGCAGUUGUCUUUGUUGCAUAAGAACUUAAUGCUGGAUGCUAUUCAAGAAGGGAUGGUAUUAAGUGCUUAUAUGAAGAGCUUUGAAGACCAUGGCUGUAUACUUCACUUUGGGGUGCCGUCUUUUACUGGAUUUAUGCCAACUCACAACCUACCUGAGAGCAGUAAGGUUGAAUUAUUUGUUGGCCAGCUAACACAAGGAGUCGUAAAGAGUGUGGACAGAGAUCGGAGGGUAGUUCAUAUAAGUUCAGACCCUGAUGUUGUCUCAAGAUGUGUGACCAAAGAGCUUAAGGGCAUUUCAAUAGAUCUUCUAGUUCCAGGGAUGCUUGUUAAUGCGCGUGUGCAAUCAACACUUGAAAAUGGCAUCAUGCUAUCUUUUCUUACAUAUUUCACCGGAACAGUGGACAUUUUUAACCUAGAUAAAAUAUUUCCUGGUCCUAACUGGGAGCAGGAGUAUGACAAAAAUAUGAAGUUCAAUGCCCGGGUCUUGUUUAUCGAUCCUUCAACAAGGGCUAUUGGUUUAACGCUGAAUCCCCACCUCGUCAGUAAUAAAGCUUUAGCAUCUUUCGUCAAAAUAGGUGAUAUAUUUGAUCAAUCUAAAGUAGUCAGGAUCGACAAGGACUCAGGUCUCCUUCUGGAAGUUCCAACUUUGCCUGUUCCAACUGCAACUUAUGUAAAUAUGCCAGAUGUGGCUGACAAGGAAAUUGGAAAAUUGAACAAGAAGUUUAAGGAAGGCAGCUGUGUUCGUGUGAGGAUACUUGGAUAUAGACGCUUGGAGGGGCUUGCAAUUGGUACAUUAAAGGCUAGUGCCUUUGAAGGAUCAGUUUUUACUCACGCUGAUGUGAAACCUGGAAUGGUGGUAAAAGGCAAGGUCAUUGCUGUUGAUACAUUUGGUGCUAUUUUGCAAUUUGCCAGUGGAAUGAAAGCGCUGUGCCCCCUACGCCACAUGUCAGAGUUUGAAAGAACAAAGCCUAGUAAAAGAUUUCAGGUUGGAAUUGAGUUAGUAUUUCGUGUGCUUGGUAGCAAAUCCAAGAGAAUCACUGUGACGCACAAGAGAACCCUUGUGAACUCUGACCAAGAGAUUCUUAGUUCUUAUGCUGAUGCAACUGAUGGUUUAGUGACUCACGGUUGGAUAACAAAGAUUGAAAAGCAUGGAUGCUUUGUUCGGUUCUACAAUGGGGUUCAGGGAUUUGCCCCCAGAUCUGAACUUGGUUUAAGCCAAGGUACUGACAUAGGUUCCGUGUAUCAUGUUGAACAAGGAGUCAAAUGUCGAGUUGUAAAAUGCAUACCUGCUUCUCAUCGAAUAAUCCUCAGUUUCAACAUUAAACCUACAAGGUCACUAGAUGAUGAGACCGUGAAACUUGGUAGUCUAGUCUCUGGAGUUGUUGAGCAUGUUACACAUCAUGCAGUAGUCGUGAAUGUGAAUGCCUCAAGUCACAUGAAAGGAACAAUCACUCUGGAGCAUUUAGCUGACCACCAAGGCCUUGCUGCUUUGUUUCUAUCUGUCAUGAGACCCGGAUAUUGCUUUGACCAACUAUUGGUUCUCGAUUUCGAGGGUAACAGUCUUGUUCUUACCGCCAAGAACUCUCUAGUUAAUUCUAUUGAUCAGCUCCCUGCAGAUGUUACCCAAGUCCAAAGGAAUUCUGUGGUGCAUGGCUAUAUUUGUAAUAUAAUUGAAAAUGGCUGCUUUGUUCGCUUUCUUGGACGAUUAACAGGUUUUUCUCCCAAGAGUAAGGCUACUGAUGAUCGGAGAUCAGAUCUUUCGAAGGUCUUCUGUGUUGGGCAGUCUGUUCGAAGCAGUAUAGUUGACGUUUGUGGUGAGACGGGCAGGAUAACAGUAUCCCUGAAGCAGUCAUUGUGCUGUUCAAUUAACACAUCUUUCAUUCAAGAAUACUUUGUUUUAGAAGAGAAGAUUGCAAAUAUGCAAAUAUCUGACUCAGAAGAUCCUGGAUUGAGAUGGACUGAUGAAUUUGGUAUUCGUAGUACCAUUGAAGGGAAAAUACAUGAAAUUAAAGAUUUUGGCGCUGUUGUCAGAUUUGAGAAAUACAAUGAUGUCUAUGGAUUUAUCUCACAUUAUCAGAUGGUUGGCACCUCGUUGGAAACGAACUCUGUUAUCCGAGCUGCAGUUCUUGACAUUUCCAAGAUUGAACGUCUUGUUGAUCUAUCUUUGAAGCCAGAGUUUCUGAUAAGAUCUAAUGAGGAUGGCUCUGCCUUAAAAACUCUUAAAAAGAAGCGCAAACGAGAUGCUGAUGAGGAGCUGGAGGUGAAUCAAAUUGUAAAUGCAUUGGUAGAAGUUGUGAAGGAAAAUUAUUUGGUCCUAUCUCUUCCUGAGUAUAAUUUUACGAUAGGAUAUGCAUCCUUGACUGAUUACAACACUCAGAAAUUACCACCUAAACCGUAUACCCCAGGACAAAGUGUUAUUGCCACUGUAAUGACACUCCCUGCCCCUGAGACAAGUGGAAGGUUAUUGUUACUGCUCAAAUCAUUAAGUGAUGGUGUGGAGACAUCCAGUUCUAAGCGGGCGAAGAAGAAUUCUAGUUAUGAUGUUGGUAUGCUCAUUCAGGCAGAGAUUACUGAAAUAAAGCCACUUGAACUCAGAGUGAAAUUUGGUUCUAGACUACAUGGAAGAAUACAUAUUACAGAGGCAACUGAUGGUAAUUCUGCUGAAAGUCCUUUUGCCAACUACAGAAUAGGGCAAACACUGACUGCAAGGAUUGUUUCAAAGGGUGGUAAGGCAGGAGAUGGUAAAGGAACUUAUGGAUGGGAAUUAUCUAUAAAACCUUCUUUACUCAUAGAGUCUAGUGAAAUGGAUGGAUGCUUAAUCUCUGAAGGGUUCAACUGUUCUUAUGGACAAAAUGUCUGUGGCUAUGUGUUCAAGAUUGAUCCUGAAUGGAUUUGGCUGACAUUGUCUCGAGAUGUUAAGGCACGACUGUAUAUUCUAGACUCUUCUUCUGAGCCCUCUGAACUUACUGGAUUUCAGAAGCGGUUUUAUGUUGGAAAAGCUCUUUCGGGUUAUGUAGUCAGCAUGAGUAGGGAAAAGAAGUUGGUGCGUAUUGUCCCCCAUGCUCCAGCUGAUAGUCCUAUAGCCCUCGAAGAAAAUGAUUCUAAUGAUGGUUUUCCGUGCCAUUUAGUUGAAGGAAGCAUAGUUGCAGGGAGAAUUUCUAAAAUUCUUUCUGGUGUUGGUGGAUUGCUGAUUCAAAUUGAUCAGCACCGCUAUGGUAAGGUUCAUUUUACGGAGCUCACUGACUCGUGGGUUUCCAACCCACUUUCUGGUUAUCAGGAAGGACAGUUUGUGAAAUGUAGAGUUCUGGAAAUCAAGCGUGCUUCUAAGGGCACGCUCCAUAUUGACUUAUCACUCAGAUUAACUUCAGCUGCGUCACAUGGCUUCAGUGCGGAUACGUCUAGCCAGCGUAUGGAGAAUAUAGCAGAUCUUUAUCCGAAUAUGGUUGUCCAGGGCUAUGUUAAAAGCAUUACUUCGAAGGGAUGUUUUAUCAUGCUUUCACGGAAGAUAGAUGCAAAGGUUCUCCUUUGUAAUCUGUCUGAUAGCUUUGUCGAAAAUCUGGAAAGUGAGUUUCCAGUUGGGAAACUUGUGAUUGGCAGGGUCUUAUCUGUUGAGCCCCUCUCAAAGCGUGUUGAAGUUUCUCUUAAGACUUCAAGUGCAGCAAGUGGACAACAAUUAGACCCCUUUCUGUUAAACCAGAUUACACUUGGAGAUACUAUUGCUGGGCGAGUCAAGCGGAUCGAGUCUUUUGGUUUAUUUAUAUCCAUAGACAACACAAAUGUGGUUGGGUUAUGCCAUAUAUCAGAGCUUUCUGAUGAUCAUGUGGGUGAUAUAAUGACAAAGUUCAAAGUAGGUGAAAGCGUGAAAGCAAAAGUUUUGAAGGUUGAUAAAAAUAGGAAUAGAGUGUCCCUUGGGAUGAAAAAAUCAUAUUUCAAAGAUGAAGAAUCAUUGGAAAUACCUUCACAACAGAAUCAUGAUUCCGCUAAUGGCGCAGAUGAUUCUGCUAUAUUAGCUGAUCCAACCAUGCCACUACUGCAUAGCCCUGCUUAUGUUGAGAGCACUCAAAAUGAAUCUGAAAGUCAUCAUAGUAUACUGGCGGAAGCGGAAUCCAGGGCUCUUGUUCCACCACUUCAAGUUCAGCUUGAUGACUUAGAAAGUAUAGAUAAUGAAGGUGAUGUUGGUCAGGCUGUUCAAAAUUAUACGAAUGCAGAUACAGAUGAGGAGAAGAACCAAAAGAAGGUCAAAAAGAAAGCUAGGGAGGAGAAGGAACUAGAAAUAAGUGCUGCUGAAGAGAGGCUGCUUGAGAAAGCAACCCCAAGGACUGAAGAAGAGUUUGAAAAACUUAUUCGAGGCUCCCCAAAUAGCAGUUUUUUAUGGAUAAAAUACAUGGCGUUUAUGCUCUCUUUAGCUAAUGUUGACAAGGCACGGUCAAUUGCUGAAAGGGCUUUGAGAACAAUAAAUAUUCGAGAGGAGACUGAGAAGCUGAAUAUCUGGGUUGCUUAUUUCAAUUUGGAAAAUGAAUUCGGUAGCCCUUCUGAGGAAGCGGUUACAAAAAUAUUUCAACGAGCAUUGCAGUACUGCAAUCCCAAAAAGGUUUAUCUUGCACUUCUGGGAAUGUACGAGAGGACGGAACAACAUAAAUUGGCAGAUGAGCUUCUUGACAAAAUGUGUAGAAAGUUCAAGCAUUCGUGCAAGAUAUGGUUGAGAAAGAUUCAAUCCCUUUUGAAGCAAAACAAUGAUGGGGUUCAGUCUGUUGUAAACCGCGCUCUUCUAAGCCUUCCCCGACACAAGCAUAUAAAGUUUAUAUCACAAACAGCUCUGCUAGAGUUCAAGUGUGGAGUUCCGGACAGGGGGAGGUCCAUGUUCGAGGGGAUACUCAGGGAGUAUCCCAAGAGGACAGAUCUGUGGAGCGUUUAUCUGGAUCAAGAGAUCCGGCUUGGCGAUAUGGAUACGAUACGUGCAUUGUUUGAGAGAGCAAUUAGUUUGAGCCUUCCCCCGAAGAAGAUGAAGUUCUUAUUCAAGAAGUAUCUUGAGUAUGAGAAGGGUGUUGGGGACGAGGAUCGUAUUAAAGAUGUGAUGAAGAAGGCCAUGGAUUACGUGGAGACCACUCUUGCUUGAGGAUUUUUUGUUGGAUAGAUAUGCCUAAUUAAAAAGGUUUGCCAAUAUUUUAUUUUAUUUUUAUUUUUAUUAAUUUUAUGACGUGUGAAUCGGCAGCCGCCGAACUUAAUUUUGAUAAUUUAUAAAGAGGUUUUGAAGUAAGAACUCACUCUGUUUGUGUGUCUGUCUAUCUGUAUGUCCUCGCAAUAUUUUAUUUAUAUGACAAUUAAUUCUUCACCAUUAUUUGUAGCUUGUAAGCAAGCUUUAUAAAUUUUAUUCAUGAGU